AUGGGCAACGUAAGGAAGCUGCAGGAGAUUCUAUUUUUUGGGGAAACACGGCGUGGACGAAAGAGACAAGAUGAACAGACUGCUCUCCAUUUGGCCUGUGCCAAUGGCCAUCCAGAUGUCGUUGCUGUCCUAGUGGAGAGGAAAUGCCAGCUUGACCUCUUUGAUAAUGAUUAUAGGACUACUCUGAUGAAGGGUGUACAAUGUCAGAAUGAGAGAUGUGUGACUAUUGCUCUAGAACACGGUGCUGAUCCAAAUCUUACGGACAUUGCUGGCAAUACUGCGCUCCACUAUGCCACCCUUGGUUCGAAUACAUCAAUAGCAGAGAAGCUGCUUCUACAUCAUGCAAAUAUUGAAGUGAGAAACAAGGAUGAACUCACACCAUUUUUACUUGCUGUAAGUGAGAACAAACAGCAAAUGGUGGAAUUUUUAAUAGAAAAAGAAGCAAAUGUACAUGCAGUUGAUAAGUUGCAAAGAACAGCCUUCAUGCUUGCUGUACAUUAUGAUUCUGCAGAUCUAGUCAGGGUUCUUCUUCAGCAAGGUAUUAAUAUCUUUUCUGAAGAUGUGUGUGGAUGGACUGCAGAAGAAUAUUCUAUUUUUAAUGAUCUUAAAGUGUAA